AUGAAUGCUGAUACUUGUGUUUCUUAUUGUGAUCCGGCUGCCAUGGAUUCCUACUACAACGCAGCCUCCCAGGACACAGAAGGCUCCUCGCCUUUUAGGGCAUUUCAAGCAAGUGACAAGUUCAGCCCUACUUUCCUGGCCAGCAAAGGACAAGGCUUUGGUGACAGCAGCACUAAGUGCCGGAGCCGCUACAGCCAGCAGGAAUGUCAGUCCCUGGAUGGCAGCGUACAGGCUCCCGGCUCUGCCGGGUCUCCGGCCUCCUUUAACAAAUACCCUCCGCAACAGCAGCCGCCGCACCUCUACAUGCAGCGAGGCCCCUGCAAAACCCCCCCGGACAGCAACAUCAAGCUGCAAGAGAGUAGCGGCCACAACGGAGCCCUGCAGGUCUCCUGUUACGGUAAGGAAAGCGGUUUGGGAGAGCCUGACUUGCAGCCAAGCUCCGACCCUUCAGCAAUGGACAGCAGCUACCUCAGCGUGAAGGAGGCCGGGGUGAAAGUGCCCCAGGACAGGGCCAGCACAGACCUCCCCAGCCCCAUGGACAAGGCCGACUCAGAGAGCAACAAGGGCAAAAAGCGGAGGAACCGCACCACUUUCACAAGUUAUCAGCUGGAGGAGCUGGAGAAGGUCUUCCAGAAGACCCACUAUCCCGAUGUCUAUGCCAGGGAGCAGCUUGCCAUGAGGACAGACCUCACUGAGGCUCGUGUACAGGUGUGGUUUCAGAACCGGCGAGCAAAGUGGCGCAAGCGGGAGCGGUUCGGUCAGAUGCAGCAGGUCCGGACCCACUUCUCCACCGCCUAUGAGCUGCCUCUGCUCACCCGUGCUGAGAACUACGCCCAGAUCCAGAACCCCUCCUGGAUCGGCAACAAUGGAGCCGCCUCCCCCGUGCCAGCCUGCGUCGUCCCCUGCGAGACGGUGCCCUCCUGCAUGUCCCCCCAUGCUCAUCCCCAUGCGGCCGGCGGCGUCUCCGACUUCCUCGGGGUCUCCGGGCCCGGCAGCCACGUGGGACAGACUCACAUGGGCGGCAUCUUCGGCACGGCCGGCAUGAGCCCCAGCCUCAAUGGCUACGAGCUGAACAGCGAGCCGGACCGCAAGACCUCCAGCAUCGCUGCCCUGAGGAUGAAAGCGAAGGAGCACAGCGCCGCAAUCUCCUGGGCGACAUGA